GACCCUGACCAGGGUACCCUCACCUGUAUCUCCACUGGUGGACCUGCUACCACUGUCACUUGGACCAGAGACUCCACCACUGUCACCCAAGGAACCCAGACUGUGUUGAAUGACCCAGUGACUGCACAGUACACCCACACUCUGACUGUGACUACUGCAGGACAGUACACCUGUACUGUGGCUAAUAACAAGCCAUCUUCUGCUUCAGCUAGCACCACUGUAGCAGGUCCAUCAGCUCCCACUGAUGUGACAGCAGUCCAGGAUGGUCCCACUAGUAUCACAGUGACCUGGACUCCUCCUGCUCCUCUGGAUGGUAUCACUGGCUACACCAUCUCCUACACUGGAGGAGGCAGCAGUGGUAGUGAGACUGUCAGUGGUGGAAACACUAUGAGUCACACUCUGACUGGUCUCACCAAUGGA